GUCAUCAGAAGAACUCUUUUUUCAGUUUUCUCAGCUCGGCCUUGUCCAACAUUCUGGGCCGGCCUCAGAUCUUAGUUUUGGGCCGGCUUUUGUCCUAUCGAUUGAUUGCCUGGGCCGCCGACCUACUGCUCAGUAGCCCAUUAGCCCGUUUCCCGAACUACACGUUCGAGCACCACUGGUGGAAGGGGGGAGAAAGAGAACCUUGCCGUCAAUGUCCGCGCUCGGCGCUCCCUUCCAAAGGCGCUAGGGUUUAAUCCCAAACUGCUCGAUCUAUCUAUCCCUCCAGUCCGAUUCGGUACCGUCGGGGCGGCGGCAUGGGGUACCUCCAGGAGGCCAGGGAGAAUCACGUCAAGAAGAAGGUCGAGGAAGCUUUGCGCAGCAAGAUGAAACAAAAGGCCCUUAAGGAAUGUGAUUUUUAUUGUUCAAAAUAUGCUGAGUGUGCUCGAGGAAGAACAUUUUCUGUGGUAUGGCAGUGCCGUAAACAAGCAAAAGAGUUGAAUGAAUGCCUUCAUCAGUUCACGAAUGAUUCAGUCCUGGAAGAAAUGAAGAAAGCUUACAUGGUUGAGCAAGAGACCAAGGAGAUGAAACAAUAAGCAUUACACAAUGGACAAUGGGCAUCGCAUUGUACUAGUUUGUACGUCCACUGUUGCUUUUGGUGCAUGCUAAAUGAAUGCAUAACUGAAAUUGCACAAGGCAUCAUUGUGUUUCUGUCGAGUACACAAUAUCAGAUGUUACCAUCAGUUUCAAUUUUUCAUCUCAAAUAGAUUUCAUAUCGGAUGAAGAUAAGAGUUGCCUUUUGUUUCCCUUCUAUGCUAAUCCUUCCUGGAUGUUGGAAAGCCAGGGUGUAAAAUUGAUCAUUGAUGUUGGUCCUUUCCUUUUGUUGUCCUUA